GGGAUUAAUACCCCGCGGCGCGGCCGCCGUCGCCGCUGCCGCGUCGGGGCCUCGGGGGCAGCUCGGGGCUGCGCUCAUGUCACAGGCGCCUUUGCGUGCGGCCCGAGGGGCUGGGAGAGUGCGGGCGAGGCCGGGAGGGCUGGGACCAAGAAUCGCCUUCAGCCCUGUCUGGUGCAUCCUUGGCAGAAAGUGAGGAGGAAAACACCCCCAUUCCAUACAUGUGUAUAUUACUCUCUGCCGUAGUCACCUGGAUACCAUCUCUGGACUUACUAGUGUUCUUUGGCAUGGACACAAGUUCAGUGGGAGGAUUAGAAUUGACUGAUCAGACUCCUGUUUUAUUAGGGAGUACGGCCAUGGCAACUAGUCUCACGAAUGUAGGAAACUCAUUUAGUGGUCCAGCUAAUCCUUUAGUGUCUAGAUCUAAUAAGUUUCAGAACUCGUCAGUGGAAGAUGAUGAUGAUGUUGUUUUUAUCGAACCUGUACAACCUCCCCCACCUUCUGUACCAGUGGUAGCUGAUCAAAGAACCAUAACAUUUACAUCAUCAAAAAAUGAAGAACUACAAGGAAAUGAUUCCAAAAUUACUCCUUCCUCAAAAGAGUUGGCAUCUCAGAAGGGAAGUGUAAGUGAGACAAUUGUCAUUGAUGAUGAAGAGGACAUGGAAACAAAUCAAGGGCAAGAGAAAAAUUCCUCCAAUUUUAUUGAACGAAGACCUCCUGAGACUAAAAACAGAACCAAUGAUGUGGAUUUCUCCACUUCCAGUUUUUCAAGAAGUAAGGUAAAUGCAGGAAUGGGUAAUAGUGGUAUCACCACAGAACCAGACUCUGAAAUUCAGAUUGCUAAUGUUACAACUUUAGAAACAGGUGUAAGCUCUGUGAAUGAUGGCCAAUUAGAAAAUACUGACGGGCGAGAUAUGAACUUAAUGAUUACACAUGUAACAUCACUGCAGAAUACCAACUUGGGAGAUGUCUCUAACGGACUGCAGUCAAGUAAUUUUGGUGUUAAUAUACAAACAUACACCCCAUCUUUAACUUCACAGACCAAGACUGGAGUAGGACCUUUUAAUCCUGGUAGAAUGAAUGUGGCAGGAGACGUUUUUCAGAAUGGAGAAUCUGCAACUCAUCAUAAUCCUGAUUCUUGGAUCUCCCAGUCAGCUUCAUUUCCCCGUAAUCAGAAACAACCAGGGGUGGACUCUUUAUCACCAGUGGCCUCACUUCCUAAACAGAUUUUCCAGCCGUCUGCCCAACAGCAGCCUACUAAACCAGUUAAAGUCACUUGUGCAAACUGCAAAAAACCUUUACAGAAGGGCCAGACAGCUUAUCAACGAAAAGGAUCAGCUCACCUCUUUUGUUCUACCACCUGCCUUUCUUCCUUCUCCCACAAGCCUGCUCCAAAGAAACUCUGUGUUAUGUGUAAAAAAGAUAUAACUACAAUGAAAGGAACCAUUGUUGCUCAAGUGGAUUCAAGUGAGUCCUUCCAGGAAUUCUGUAGUACAUCUUGUUUAUCUCUCUAUGAAGACAAACAGAAUCCUACUAAAGGAGCUCUAAAUAAAUCAAGAUGUACAAUCUGUGGUAAACUAACUGAGAUUCGCCAUGAAGUCAGCUUUAAAAAUAUGACUCAUAAGCUGUGCAGUGACCACUGCUUUAAUAGAUAUAGAAUGGCCAAUGGUUUAAUAAUGAAUUGCUGUGAACAGUGUGGAGAGUACUUACCCAGUAAAGGUGCUGGAAAUAAUGUUCUGGUGAUUGAUGGUCAACAGAAAAGAUUUUGCUGUCAAAGUUGUGUCAGUGAAUACAAACAGGUAGGUAGCCAUCCAAGCUUCCUGAAGGAGGUUCGAGAUCACAUGCAGGACUCUUUCUUAAUGCAGCCUGAGAAAUAUGGAAAACUGACAACUUGUACUGGUUGCCGAACACAGUGCAGGUUUUUUGAUAUGACUCAGUGUAUAGGUCCUAAUGGAUAUAUGGAGCCAUAUUGUUCAACUGCUUGUAUGAACAGUCACAAGACAAAAUAUGCAAAAUCACAAAGUUUGGGAAUUAUUUGCCAUUUUUGUAAGCGAAACUCUUUACCUCAAUACCAAGCCACAAUGCCUGAUGGAAAACUGUACAACUUUUGCAAUUCCAGUUGUGUGGCUAAAUUUCAGGCUCUAAGUAUGCAGUCAUCUCCAAAUGGCCAGUUUGUAGCGCCAAGUGAUAUUCAGUUGAAAUGCAACUACUGCAAAAAUUCGUUUUGUUCAAAACCAGAAAUCCUGGAAUGGGAGAACAAAGUGCAUCAGUUCUGCAGCAAAACUUGUUCAGAUGACUAUAAGAAGUUGCAUUGCAUAGUUACAUAUUGCGAAUACUGUCAAGAGGAGAAGACUCUUCAUGAAACAGUAAAUUUCUCUGGCGUUAAGAGACCUUUCUGUAGUGAAGGCUGCAAAUUAUUAUACAAACAGGAUUUUGCCAGACGUUUAGGAUUGAGAUGUGUUACUUGCAACUAUUGUUCUCAGCUAUGUAAGAAGGGAGCAACUAAAGAACUCGAUGGUGUUGUGAGAGAUUUCUGCAGUGAAGACUGUUGUAAAAAAUUUCAGGAUUGGUACUACAAGGCUGCAAGGUGUGACUGUUGUAAAUCUCAAGGAACUCUUAAAGAGCGAGUUCAGUGGCGUGGGGAAAUGAAACAUUUCUGUGAUCAACAUUGCUUACUGCGUUUCUACUGUCAACAAAAUGAGCCCAACAUGACAACUCAGAAAGGACCUGAAAACUUACAUUAUGAUCAGGGUUGUCAGACGUCUCGAACCAAAAUGACAGGUUCAGCACCACCCCCUUCUCCAACACCUAACAAAGAGAUGAAGAACAAAGCAGUUCUUUGCAAACCUUUAACAAUGACAAAAGCUACUUACUGUAAACCUCACAUGCAGACCAAAUCUUGUCAGACAGAUGAUACUUGGAAGACAGAAUAUGUUCCAGUGCCUAUCCCUGUGCCUGUGUAUAUCCCAGUUCCUAUGCACAUGUACAGUCAGAAUAUUCCUGUUCCUACUACAGUUCCUGUUCCUGUGCCAGUUCCUGUUUUUCUGCCUGCUCCAUUGGACAGCAGUGAGAAGAUUCCUGCAGCAAUUGAGGAGCUAAAAAGCAAGGUUUCUUCAGAUGCUCUUGAUACAGAGUUGCUUACAAUGACGGAUAUGAUGAGUGAAGAUGAGGGGAAAACAGAGACAACCAACAUCAACAGUGUAAUUAUUGAAACAGAUAUAAUUGGUUCAGACCUUUUGAAGAACUCUGACCCAGAGACACAGUCCAGCAUGCCUGAUGUACCAUAUGAACCAGAUUUGGAUAUCGAAAUAGAUUUUCCCAGAGCUGCUGAGGAGCUUGAUAUGGAAAACGAAUUUUUAUUACCACCUGUUUUUGGCGAAGAAUAUGAGGAACAGCCCAGACCUCGAUCUAAAAAAAAGGGAGCCAAGAGAAAGGCUGUAUCAGGAUACCAGUCUCAUGAUGAUAGUUCUGACAAUUCAGAAUGCAGCUUUCCUUUCAAAUAUACGUAUGGCGUAAAUGCAUGGAAGCACUGGGUCAAAACUAGGCAACUUGAUGAAGAUCUUCUGGUAUUAGAUGAGUUAAAAUCUUCCAAAUCAGUAAAGUUAAAAGAGGAUCUACUCUCUCACACCACAGCUGAGCUUAACUAUGGGUUAGCUCAUUUUGUCAAUGAGAUCCGACGGCCAAAUGGAGAGAAUUAUGCACCUGACAGCAUCUAUUACCUUUGCCUUGGAAUACAGGAGUAUUUGUGUGGAAGUAAUCGAAAAGACAACAUAUUUAUUGAUCCUGGAUACCAAACAUUUGAGCAAGAAUUGAAUAAAAUACUGCGAAGCUGGCAGCCAAGCAUACUUCCAGAUGGGUCAAUAUUCUCUCGAGUUGAAGAAGACUAUCUCUGGAGGAUAAAACAACUAGGAUCACACUCUCCAGUAGCUCUUCUGAAUACACUGUUCUACUUUAACACUAAGUAUUUUGGCCUGAAAACAGUGGAACAACACUUAAGACUUUCCUUUGGCACUGUGUUUAGGCAUUGGAAAAAAAAUCCUUUAACGAUGGAAAACAAAGCGUGUCUUCGAUACCAAGUGUCUUCCUUGUGUGGAACAGAUAAUGAAGAUAAAAUUACUACUGGAAAAAGAAAACAUGAAGAUGAUGAGCCAGUAUUUGAACAAAUUGAAAACACAGCCAAUCCUUCCAGAUGUCCUGUGAAAAUGUUUGAAUGCUACUUGUCUAAAAGUCCACAGAAUCUUAAUCAGAGAAUGGAUGUUUUUUAUUUGCAACCAGAAUGCUCUAGUUCUACAGAUAGCCCUGUGUGGUAUACGUCUACUUCACUGGACCGAAACACCUUGGAAAAUAUGCUUGUACGGGUUCUUCUAGUAAAAGAUAUUUAUGAUAAAGACAAUUAUGAACUGGAUGAAGACACAGACUAAAAAGGAACGUUGCAGAAGCAAUCGGGAUAAAACAGCAUUAGAUAGUCAUGCUGCUAGAUCUUUAUUAUGGAAAACAUUUCAAGUUUACUCCUUCUGUUUUGAGUUUUGUAGCAGUGUACCCACGCUGGGUAUUACCAUGUAAAUAAUCUGUGAGUGAAAGUUGCCAUUAUUCUAUGUAGUGGUUUUAGGAUACUUAACAAAUACAUUCAAAUUCUUUUUUUAUUAUUAUUUAUUUGAUUAGGUAUGUUUGUAACUUUUUACAUUACAGAAUAUGAAUGAGAAUGUGCCAUGUAUAAUUUUUUUCUUGUAGUAAGAAACAUCCAUAUUGCACAACUCUACUGUUGCAAAGCUUCCUUGGAAGGGGGCUCUUUUACUGGGUUCUUAACCAGAUGGUUGUGUAUGGGUAGCACUACUAAAAGUUUAGAACUUGCAGUGUCUUUCGGAAUUUUUAAAAUAAACUGUAAACUAAUAGGCUGGGAUUUUUGUUUUGUUUUGGGGUUUUGUUUUGUUUUGUUUUACAUUUUAGUUACUGAAGCCUUACAAGGUUAUGUAGAGAGAUACCAUCUUCUGUACCAAAAAUAGACAAGAGAAUGCUGUCAAUAUUGGUGUACUGUAAUGUGAAUCUAUACUGGUGAAAACAAUUUUUUGUUCCCCUUAUUAAAACCUUAGUGUCCUUUU